CGCUUGUCAAACGCACGGAGAUUCUUUUGCUUAUUUGUGAUGUUUGACUUUUUUUUUACUUUUUUCAUGUGGUUGAUUUGUGCCGUGACCGCACAUACCAUUUUUCAAACAACCGUUGUGCAAGAAAUUAUAAAUUACACAAUGGAGACGUCGCUUUUUGACGUAGUUGUGAUUGCAACUUGUCGAUUUGUGAUUUUAAUCGCAUUUUAUUUAGUACUGCGCAUGGAUCAUUGGUGCGUUGUAGCUCUAUCUACUGCAUCUACUUGCGCCUUCUUAUUAGCGAAGAUUUUCCUUUAUAAUUGGUCUCAAUCCAGACAGCCAGUUCUUCAAGUUCUCUUUAUAAUCGUGUCUUUCGUGCUUGUGUGGGCUGAAGUUUGCCGUUUAGACAUACCAUUACCACACGAUAUUCAAGCAGCGAACUCAAAUUCAGGAUUAGCCGAUUCGGAGACAACACCACUACACUAUUCCUACGUUCAAGUGUCAAUUCUACCAAGAGAAAACGUUAGCUACUAUUACACACCCACGGUAUCGCCUAAUCAAUCUGACGAAGAAGAGGUUGAUCAUAUAGAAAAUAGCAGGGUGCGUUCUUUGCCGAUAUCUAUUGCUAAAAGAAUACCAUAUGAUCCCUUUUUAUACAUGAACAAUUGACAGACUUUUUGGUGGAAUUGAGUGUCACUUUUAGAACACCAAUACGAGCGCCUGGAAAGUGCUAUUAAGAAUCAAGUAUAGAACACAUUGCCGGUCUUCUAAAUCGUUGAUCACGAAGUUCACGCGACGGUUUCGCUUUAGCAAAAUGGCAAAUGGCAUCAUUAUAUUAUGAGGUUAGAUUCAAAAGUGUUAGGUUCUGAUCAAAAGUGUCGCGUCAUGGAAAAUGGCGCAACGCUUCUCGCAACGCCCUCACAGUCCACAUAACCUCUCUCACUUCGCCUCGGUAAAAUCUCGCGUUAUGCGGCACUUAAUCUUCGCACUCGAGAUAAAAAAUGGCGUGUGCAACAAAUUGCACGAUAUACUACUUAGUAUUAAUGUUUGUUUGUAUAACUUUUUACCAAUUUUUGAUUUACUAUAAUAUUUUUUCGAUUAUUAGUAUGCCUUUAUGAUGUAGUAUUUGUAGGAUCUUUUUAAUUUUUUAUUGUAGUUUAGCAAUGUCUUUAUAUGAGUUUGAUGUACUAUUACAUAUUAAAAAUAAAUAAUUAAAAUGCAUUUAAAAAAAUAAUACGUACAAUGUCUUCUUAAUUAAACUAGAGUUUAAGCAGCGCGCGUCGUGCACCCUAACCUCGAAGACGUUUAUAAUUCCUGGCUUAGACGCAUGCGCACUACAUGAGCCAAUUACAUAACGCGUCUAUCUUGGCUUCACGACAUCCGGUCAUGACUUUUAUAUAGGUAAAUAAUAAUUUAUCCCUAAAUAAUAAUUAAUAGGGAUUUUUAUCGCCCUAAUUUAUAGGGGUUUUAUCACAAACAUAAAGUGAUCAAAAACACGUGA